GCCGGGGAGACCCCCCGGGGAGGGCGCCCCCUUCCUCCCCGCCCUGUCUGCUGAGGAUGGAAGUGACGACAGCAGCCGGAGAGGUCACUUCCUGCUGGGGUGGAUGAGGAGGAUCCGGCGACACCGCGGAGGAGACCGGACCGAAGACGGACCUUGCCGGGGAGAGACUGAAACUUGCCGGUUUUCUUAAUGUGUAUGGCGAGGGGGGGAGAAUUCAAAGGAUCUAGAGGAAUCCUGGGUUGGAUGAAAUUUCCAAGACUGGGAAUUGGUCCCCACUCCACUCUGAGGCCAUGGAGGCACCUCCAUUUCCUCCAGGCUCCCGCGGAGGAGGGUGAAAAUGAAAGCGGGCUGUAGCAUCGUGGAAAAGCCAGAAGGAGGUGGAGGGUAUCAGUUUCCUGAUUGGGCCUAUAAAACAGAGUCCUCCCCAGGCUCCCGGCAGAUCCAGCUGUGGCACUUCAUCCUGGAGUUGCUGCAGAAGGAAGAGUUCCGCCAUGUCAUCGCCUGGCAGCAGGGAGAGUACGGGGAGUUUGUCAUCAAGGACCCAGACGAGGUGGCCCGCCUCUGGGGCCGCAGGAAGUGCAAACCACAGAUGAAUUAUGACAAGCUGAGCCGGGCCCUCAGAUACUAUUACAACAAGAGGAUCCUUCAUAAAACAAAAGGGAAAAGGUUUACUUAUAAAUUUAACUUUAACAAGCUGGUGACGCCCAACUACCCGUUCAUCAACAUUCGGUCAAGUGGUGUGGUUCCCCAGAGUGCACCACCAGUUCCAACAGCCUCUUCCCGGUUCCAUUUCCCACCUCUGGACACUCAUUCUCCAACUAGUGACGUGCAGCCGGGGCGGUUCUCUGCUAGCUCCCUAACUGCUGGUCAGGAGUUGAGUAAUGGCACUGAUAGAAAGGCGGAGCUUUCGGAGCUGGAGGAUGGCUCAACCGCUGACUGGCGCCGGGGUGUGGAUCUCAUGUCCUCCCGGAAUGCUGUUGGUGGAGGAGGGAUUGGCCAUCAGAAACGCAAGCCUGACAUCAUGCUUCCUCUGUUCAGUAGGCCAGGGAUCUACCCUGACCCCCAUAGUCCCUUUGCUGUCUCUCCAAUCCCUGGCCGAGGAGGUGUCCUUAAUGUUCCCAUUUCACCAGCCCUCUCCCUGACUCCCACUAUCUUCUCCUAUAGCCCAUCACCAGGCCUGAGCCCUUUCACCAGCAGCAGUUGCUUUUCCUUCAACCCUGAGGAAAUGAAACACUACCUUCAUUCUCAAGCCUGUUCUGUGUUCAACUACCAUCUGAGUCCCCGGACAUUUCCCCGUUACCCAGGGCUCAUGGUUCCACCACUGCAGUGCCAAAUGCAUCCUGAAGAGUCAACCCAGUUUUCUAUCAAGCUGCAGCCCCCACCAGUUGGGCGCAAGAACCGGGAGAGGGUAGAGAGCAGGGAGGAGUCAGCACCUGUCACUGCUCCCACCAUGGCGCCUGUGCCCCCAAGAAUUAAGGUAGAGCCAACCUCUGAAAAGGAUCCUGAGAGUCUCAGGCAAUCAGCCCAAGAGAAGGAGGAGCACUCUCAAGAGGGCACAGUGCCAAGCAGGACCAUAGAGGAGGAAAAAGGCACCAUCUUUGCCCGCCCAGAGGCACCACCUAUCUGGUCCUCUGUACCCAUUAGCACACCAAGUGAAGAACCCCUAGAAGUGACUGAAGACAGUGAAGAUAGGCCUAGCAAAGAGCCCAGUGCGCCUGAGAAGAAAGAAGAUGCCCUGAUGCCCCCCAAGCUUCGAUUGAAGCGGCGCUGGAAUGACGACCCUGAAGCCCGAGAGCUGAGAAAGGAUGGCAAGUUCCUCUGGAAUGGGUCAGGACCACAGGGCUUGGCGACGGCAGCUGCUGAUGCUUAGAAUUGCAAGUGGAUUGGGAGCUGUUUAUACUAUAAUCAUAUACAUGUAUUUAUGUAGCAAGAUUUCGGGGCGGGGGGGAGGGCAUUAGCUGGUUUGAUCAUUCUAGGAGCAUAGACUUGUAUUUUUAUGUUUUGGGAAUGGGAUUGGGCAUCUUCUGUUGUAAAUUAGGUGAGACAUGAACACACUUUUUUUCCUGGUGAGGACACAGGAAGGGUAUUGAACUGAAAGGAGAAAGGGCCUCUAUUUCCUAUUGAGGCUAAUACUUUCUGAACAAACUCCCAAAGGGCCAAGACACUGUUUGGUCCCAUGAUGUUCAGGUUCCAGACUUCUUUCUUUUCUACUGUAUUUAUAUAUAGGAAAGCCAUUAAUGAGUUUAUUUUGCUCUGAGAGUUACAUAUAAAGGGGAAAGGGCAUGGUUGGGAGGCGAAAGACCAUUAAUACUCAGUAUUUGCCUGAGAUGUUUCUUUGUAAUUAUUUCAGGGGGAGAAUAAGAUAUUCUCAUCUUACUGGGGUAGGGCGAUUGGGGUGUUCAGAUGUUGCUUUUUUUUCUUUUUUCCUUUGUUGUUUGGCAUUUUUUUCUUUUCCUCUAAAAAAUAUUUUCAGGAAACAUGAAACAUACUGCCAGUUAGAGUGGAGCAGGCACUGAGCCUGGCUACAUGGUUGAGACAGGAAGCCCUGCUGUGAAUUUCUUGGACUUUUCACCUUCACCUAUUAAGAAGCCAUGAGGAGUUGUAAACUCUUAUUCAGGGAAGAAAGAAGAGGGCAGGAGGAAGUAACCCAACGCCUUUACAAACAAAAACAAACGCAAAAAUAUCCUUUAUUUUUCCUUUUCCAUCAUGGGUCUGGGGAGCCAAACCAGAAUAUGGCUGUAGCGAGUUCACUGAAAGGCAUGACACUGGUAAAGAUGUGUUUUUGUUGUCUGGCUCUGUUAGCAUUUUCUUCAGUCAAGCCUUAACAAUGAACAUACUUUAACAUGAUACGGGUCUGUCAAAAUAAACCUAUAAAAGGACAUGAACAACUUUUCAGAUAAUCCAAGAAUUUUAAAGCAUGAUUAAAGUUUGAGCUAAUAUUUAGUCAUCCUCUCUAGAUGUUAUUGGGAUGGAUAGUAAAAAGGCAGGAUUAUAGGAAUGAAAGACAGAUGAUACCUGGAAAUGCAGAAGGUAGCUGGGGGUACAAGUGGAGGUUUAUUGAACCUGAAGGAAUAGUUAGAUAAAGAAAGCAACCAGAUGUCAAAAGGCCUGAUAUGAAUGAAAGUUGGUGUUUGUCCCGUUGUGGCAUUACCAUUCUUGCCAUACCAUUUCCCUAGCCCAGAGGUCAGCAAACCGAGGCUCGCAAGCCCCAUGCGGCUCUUUGGCCCUGUGGCAUGGGCCACGAAGUUUCAAUCGCGCUGUACGUGUGCGCCCGCACGUGGUAUUUUGUGGAAGAGCCACACUCAAGGGGCCAGUUUGCCGACCACUGCCCUAGCCCAUUCUAAUACUCAUGAUCAAUUGACUAUCCUAUAUGAGACUCCAGUUUACAGACAAUGAGGAAUUGUUCCAUCAACUUCAAAGGAAUGGGGAAGUACUGAUUUUCUAGGAAGGGAAAGGAACCUGGACUAGAGGCAGAGAGAAGCCACAGCCAGCUCUGUAUGCAUGUGCCCAUGUAACUAGUAUGUGGAAACAGCUAACUGUGGCUCAAAACACCUGGCAGCAGGGAGAGAAGGAACUCCAUAUCGGAUAGGGGCAAGGAGUGGGCACAGGGAUGCUGUCGAGGAAUGGAGAAAUUCCUGACUCCAGCUUAACCUACGUGAGCUCUUCCAAGAAGCACUGGAGGGUUGUCUUUCAAUGUUGGCAGGUGGUUGUUCUUUUUUAAAGGAGAGCAUGCGUGAGGGGCUCAGGGAAGGUUAGAGCAGGUGAGUGAGUGACUAGGUGGUUUGGGAUGACGAGCCCAUCAUGCAGAUUUUGGGGGUAAGUGCCCUCCCCCUUGUUUAAUUCAAAUUCCAUGAGUAACCUGUCUUUCCCUGGGAAAGGGACUGACAAAGCAGUCCCUACGGACUCAGGCUUUGGUCAGGCUGCAUAGGGCUCCCUGUUCAGGGUAUCUUUGAUUGGUUAUGUUUUUGUCAGUUACUUUCUCUGCACCUCAACUUACCUCUAAUCGGAAAGCAAGCCCGGGCAUGUGGAGGAGGUAUGUCUUCUUGUCAUUGCCCAAUCUAACCAGGGAGGCUGGCUGGCCACCCUCCCUGUCCACUAGAGGGGAGAGCCAGCAGGUAUCGGUAUUAACUCAGGAAUAGAAACAUGAGGCCUUUAAAUAAGAGGGAAAGAAAUCCAUGUUGCAUACCUGUGACCCCCUAGAACCCAAGUGCCAGAAUUCCUAGAUGCUGCUUCUGUUUGAACAAAAAGUCACUGCUUUUACACUUGAAAAAAAAAAACACUCAAAAAAUGUUCAAGUCCAUGAAAAUGUUUUUGGCUUUAAGAAAUUAUUUGGUGUUUAACUGUUUCCUUUGAUGGCCAUUCCACCAGUAAAUUGUUGGUCAAUUUGCACUGCACACUGGGGUUGGGGUGGAGGGGAGGGUCCUUUAUAAUAGAGCCAAACUUGGGCUUGCUCAGGAAGUGGACCAGGGAAUGUGGAGGUGGGUCAUUCCUGGGGUGAAGGGGUGGGAGUUACUUUUUCUCCCCCCAGCCUGCUCCUGGCAGCACCUGUCACCAGCCUGGCACAAAGCCAGCCUUUACUUUUCUGUGAGCAUCUUAUCACUGUCCAACAGCAGAUAGAAAAAAGGGGGGUGAAACCAGACCUAUUUUCUCCCUCAGUUUUUCUGGAUUUUGCUGUGCCAAAUGUUUAAAACUUUACAAAUACGAAUCUUGAAGUCUUAUUAAUCAAGAAUUUGUGCAGACAGUUUGCUUUUUUUUGACUGUUGAAAAGAGAGAAUAGUAGAGGUCAAUCUUAAACAAUUCACCAAUCCCUUCACCCCCACAUUUUCAAGCUGCACUGCAUUAAACCCAACUCACUAACACAGGGAAUUGCUGCACCCUAGUCCUCCGUGGGCCAAGAAACUCAGAAGCAUUAAAAAUAUAGUUGUAUUUCACUUCUCACCAAGUGGGUAGAGUGCGUUGGCUAUUUGUCCCCCUUUUUUAAAAAAUCUCCCUAAUUAUGUUUGUGCUUUUUGUUUUAUAAACAGUAAAGAAAUUUUAAUUCUGUUAAAGAGAACUUUGAUCCAGUCUUUUAAGAACUGUUCCAUUUUUAGUUACUUGUUGGAAAAAAAAAGUUACCAUUUAAUUUGUUUUUAAAUAUUUAGGCAUUAUUUGAGUUAUAAAAUUGUGAUGCAGGGAAUUGUGAGAUAUUCACAUGUGAAAAAUGACUUCACUAGUUAGCUUAAGCAGAAUAAAGUGUGUAUAUGUACAUAAAAUGUAAGUAAUCUUAACUCCAUUGUGCAGUGCCUUUUAGAUGUUCCGCUUUCUAUAAAGUCUUCAAAUUUUUGCAUAUAUAUUAUAUAUAUGAUGUAAUGUUAUAGAAAUAUAUGUAUAAUAUACAUAUUUUUUUCCAGGGGUAUCUGAUAGCUCUGUAUUUUGUUAUGGAAGUUGAAAGAAAAAAGUAUUUUACCUCAGAAAUUAAAGUUAAAUAAAAAAAAUACUUUUAAA